GAAGUGCAACUACCGGCUUAUUCUACUUCGGUUAUCGAUAUACACAGCCUCAAUUGCGGCCAAAGGGCAGGUCACAUUGACACCUGCGGUAAUCUGUUGUCGCGAUCUUGAAAGAGUACCAGUCCUGAAGGGGACCGGGCAUCUUCCACAGCUCCUAUUGAAAGGUCCGGCAUUCAACGAGCCCACACUGUGAGAAUCAUUCAAAGAUGCCCGAUGAAACCGUGUCAGAUCAGCUCUCCGCGCAGGGAGACACCCGCUCAACGCAACCUCCAGCAACGCAUUUCCCAGCGCCGCUCCUACCACUUUCAAUCUCAUCGCGUCCGGUGGAACAACAGCCUCCCAAGACCUGCACCCGGUGCCGAAAGCGCCUGUGGGGCCAACGCCUUGACACAGCGGUCAAGGUCUUCGGCAUCCUGGCCUUCCUGCUGUCGUGUGCGGCGCUGUGCCCCAGCAUCUGCGGCCAGGAGGACACACACAGGGCGACGCAGUUGGCUGAGUGGGCGGCGCUAAAGGACUUCAUUGAGUACUGCGAGAGCCACGGUUGGCAGAGCGAUGGAUGUGAUGGAGUUAGGAAUGUGACUUUGCCUCGCCCGCCUGAAGGCCAUGGGCAUUUGCGGCGUUUCUUUGAAGGCGGCAAACGGAUUUCAGUUCCAUGAUAUAUCCGAGUCACGGUCUUUCAGUUCUUGUAUCAAGUGAGGAAUGAGACUGUAUUCAAAUGUUGCAAGUGCAAACGCUGAGCAACGAAUGUUUCAAGUGACUUUUUUGACCGUAAAUUAUUCACACUGAUCGUUCCAUAUCAUGCCCUAGGGCACUUUCGAGGGUGAGAUUUGCCAAUGGUAUUGGUUCACCUGAUCAUGCAAUUGUAAC